GUUCUGUUUAUUUAUUUGUGACUUUUGUUCAUAACAAUAUUUUAAUUUACAUUUCUCUAACAUUACAAAUUGUUAUUGAUUUAUUAGAGUUUUUAUUUUUGGAAGGCAAAUUAAUGCUAUUUUCAUGUAAGGAAACAAUAUUAUGGACAAUGCAUCCUAAAAUAAAUUCUUGAAGUUAAGAUUAAAUAAAAACUCUUUGAUUCCAAAUACAGCUGCAUGUAUGCACUAUAAAUAGACAUGAAACAUAUACAACCCUCCAUAGUACUACAAACAAAGCUUUCUCACAAGUCAUCUACUGGUUACCUCUUUCCAAAAAGAUGGCCAGAAGUCUCGAGUGUACUCUCACCCUUUUCCUGGUUUUUCUGCUGUUUGGAUCUUCAUUUUUCGAAGCUCGUCCACUAGAUGUUUCUAAGCCUCCAAACAACAUUGAGGAAGCAAUGGAGGAAGUCUUGAAAGGUUCGAAUUUUGAAGUUAGCAAAACUAAAGGCACAACAACUGCUCGAACCCUAGUGCAGAUUAAGGAGACUGGCCCGAGCCCUCCGGGACAGGGACAUCAUCAAUCUCCACAUGGACCACCUCCAAGCCCUGGUAGUGAUGAAGAAAGUUGGCCAACAAACCGAUCAUUCCUUAUCAAAGGCCCAGCAAAAGACGUAACUACGUACCUCGGCCUCGAGAUGAACUCCGGUGUUGAGGACCGAAGAUUGGAAAUUCAACCAAUCGAGCUUCGUUUGAUCUUCCAGAAGCGGAAGUUGAAUCAAUUGCAGGUUAUAAUGUAG